AUGGAGAUGCUGAGGACACUGAAGGGGCCCUCCACGGGAGAGGUCAACGUGCACCUGGUGGCCAGAGACAGUCCAGGUUCCAGCUCUCACCUGCCCGCUACUGCCUUCAUCAUCCCAGCCGGCUCGGCCACCCUUGGCCUGCCCAGCAGUGCCCUGGAUGUUUCCUGUUUUCCGCGGGAGACGAUCCAUGUGGGCGCUCCGGAGCGAGUGGCUGGCAGCGUCCCCGUCACGGCCACCGUUCUGCCGCAGUUAAGCGCGGGGCCUGCGGCCAGCUCCAGCGCCACCACCGUGGGGCUCCUGGAGUGGACCGAGGCUGCGGCCCCGCCUCCUGGGAGCGGCCUGCGGUUCCGGAUAAGCGAGUACGCACCGCUGAACAUGGUAGGAGCGGAGCAGCCCCCGAGCCCCGAGCUACGGCCCGAAGGUGUGGCCGAAUAUGAAGAUGGCGAGGCCCCGGCGGGAGGUGGCGAUGCGGGCACCCAACAGCCGGCGGACCUCCCCCAGGAUCCUCCAGAAGAUCCCCCCCAGGAUCCCCCAGAAGAUGAUGGCACUUGUCAGUGCCAGGAGUGUGGACCUCAGCAAAGCGCGGGUCCAGAUGCUGCUGGUUCCUCCAAUGAUGACUGCCCGCCACUGUUCCAAGAGCGGUCAGUCAUAGUGGAGAACUCCUCAGGCCAGAACUCCUGCACCAGCACUUCUGAGCUUCUCAAACCCAUGAAGAAGAGGAAGCGCAGGGAAUACCACAGCCCGUCGGAGGAGGAGUCAGAGCCUGAGGCCUUGGAGAAGCAAGAAGAAGGAAAGGAUCCAGAGGGCCAACCCACUGCUCGCACCCCAGAAAGUGAGGAGUGGAACAGCCAGCCUGCAUCAGGGGAGAAGAAGGAAGGCUGGUCAUGGGAGUCCUACCUCGAGGAGCAGAAGGCUGUGACUGCCCCUGUCAGCCUCUUCCAGGACUACCAGGCAGUCACUCAUAAUAAGAAUGGCUUCAGACCGGGCAUGAAGUUGGAAGGCAUCGACCCUCAACACCCGUCCAUGUACUUCAUCCUCACCGUGGCCGAGGUGUGUGGCUACCGCCUACGUCUGCACUUUGAUGGGUAUUCCGAGUGCCAUGACUUCUGGAUCAAUGCCAACUCCCCUGACAUUCACCCCGCUGGCUGGUUUGAGAAGACUGGGCACAAGCUGCAGCCCCCCAAAGGUUACAAGGAGGAGGAGUUCAGCUGGAGCCAGUACCUGCGCAGCACCCGAGCUCAGGCCGCCCCCAAGCACCUGUUUGCGAGCCAGAGCCACAGCCCCCCACCCCUGGGCUUCCAGGUGGGCAUGAAGCUGGAGGCGGUGGAUCGCAUGAACCCGUCCCUCGUCUGUGUGGCCAGCGUGACCGACGUGGUGGACAGCCGCUUCCUAGUGCACUUUGACAACUGGGACGAUACUUACGACUACUGGUGUGACCCCAGCAGUCCCUACAUCCACCCGGUGGGCUGGUGCCAGAAGCAAGGAAAGCCCCUCACUCCUCCACAAGACUAUCCAGACCCUGAUGGCUUCUGUUGGGAGAAAUAUCUGGAAGAAACCGGGGCCUCUGCUGUGCCCACCUGGGCCUUCAAGGUGCGGCCCCCACACAGCUUCCUGGUCAACAUGAAACUGGAAGCCGUGGACCGCAGGAACCCAGCCCUGGUGCGCGUAGCCAGCGUGGAAGAUGUGGAGGACCAUCGGAUAAAGCUCCACUUUGAUGGCUGGAGUCAUGCCUAUGACUUCUGGAUUGACGCCGACCACCCGGACAUCCACCCCGCGGGCUGGUGCUCCAAGACAGGGCAUCCCCUGCAGCCUCCUCUCCGACCCAGAGAGCCCAGCUCUGCCUCCCCUGGGGGCUGUCCCCCUCUCAGCUGUCGGAGCCUGCCACACACUAGGACCUCCAAGUACAGCUUCCACCACCGGAAGUGCCCCACUCCUGGUUGUGAUGGUUCCGGCCACGUCACAGGCAAGUUUACAGCUCACCACUGCCUCUCGGGCUGCCCCCUGGCUGAGAGGAACCAGAGUCGGCUGAAGGCGGAGUUCUCCGACACAGAGGCCUCGGCCCGUAAGAGGAACCUCACGGGCUUCUCCCUAAGGAAGAAGCCUCGCCAUCACGGCCGGAUUGGCCGUCCUCCAAAGUACCGGAAGAUCCCGCAAGAAGAUUUCUCGACGCUAGCCGCCGACGCCAUGCACCAGUCCCUCUUCAUGUCGGCCCUGUCGGCCCACCCGGACCGCUCGCUGUCCAUGUGCUGGGAGCAGCACUGCAAGCUCCUGCCGGGAGUGGCGGGCAUCUCGGCCUCGACGGUUGCCAAGUGGACCAUUGACGAGGUCUUCAGCUUCGUUCACACCCUGACCGGCUGUGAGGACCAGGCACGACUCUUCAAAGAUGAGAUGAUUGACGGCGAGGCCUUCCUUUUGCUGACACAGGCGGACAUUGUGAAGAUCAUGAGCGUCAAGCUGGGUCCAGCCUUGAAGAUCUAUAACGCCAUUCUCAUGUUCAAAAACGCCGAUGACACCUUAAAGUGAGUGGCUCAGGGCUGGGCUCACCUCCAGCCCAAGCUG